UCUGCAGCGUGGGAUUCUCAUCCCAGUGGAUCGUAGGAUUUGGGAGGGCGGGGUACUCGAACCCCCCUCCCUGCCCGUCUGUCCUCCUACCAUAGAGACACGCGGGUAGAGCAGCGGGGCGCUGGGCCCUGCAAGACCAUCGAGAGGGGCGGGUAGAGCGGCCCCGGCGUUGCGCUCGGCGCCCCCUGGCGGGCGGGCGGGCGUGGCGGCGGCGGUUCCCAUGGAGAUGGAAGAUGGCGCCCAGGGGCCGCCAUCGCUCCUCGGUGCCGCUGCAGAUCCUGCUUUUCCUCAACGGCUGGUACAGCGCCACUUAUUUCCUCCUGGAGGCGUUCGUGUUCGUGUACAAGGUGCUGCUCCUGCCCUAUCCCGUCUCCAACCUGGUGCUGGAUGUGGUGCUGCUCCUGCUCUACCUCGGCACUGAGGCCACGCGGAUCUUCUUCGCAUUCCAGGAUUCCAUGGAUACUGGGAAGAAAUUCUUCCCUGUGAGUGCAGCGAGGCACCAGAAUGAAUUUCCCAGGGAAGCUGCGGCUGCCCCAUCCCUGGAAGUUCUCACAGCCACAUUGGAGCAACCUGGAGUAGCAGAAGGUGUUCCUGAUCCCGUGUAUCCUGCAGGCUCCAAGGGGAACCUGUGCCGGCGGAAGGUGCCGCUGUCGCUCAGCCUGGCGCUCACGGUGCCGGCGGCGGCGCUGGCCAGCUACUACCUGCUGCUCCAGACCUAUUCCCUGCGCCUGGAAUUCUUCCUGAGCGCCAUCCUGCUCCUCUUCUACGGCCUCGAGCUGCUCCUGGGCCUCCUGGCGCUGCUCUCCUUCUCCAGUGCGGAUCCCUACUGAGGCCACGGCGGGGACACGGCCCAGGGACACAGGGAAGUGUCACCGGUGCCAGCUCCACUUCCCAGCCCCAGGAAAGGGAAGGAUCCCACUUUUUCUACUCCUCAUUUCACCUGGACUCAUCCCUCCCACCUUUCCUGCUUCCACCUGGAUACAUCCUUUCCACCUUUUCUGCUCCCAUCUGGACACAUCCUCCCUCCCACUUCUCCCACUCCCAACUAGACACAUCCCUCCUGCUUGUUCCCUCUUCUAUUUGGACUCAUCCCUCCCACCUUUCCCACUCCCACAUGGACACAUCCCUCCUGCUUUUCCUGCUUCCCACCUCACCCGCAGCAUGUGCCAGGGACCUGCUCCCACCCGGACUCACCCCCUCCAAGUUUGUGCCAGCUCAAGGUACGAAGAAUCUUUAUUUUUUUCUACACCCUUCCAGAAUAAUUUACUAUUUUCCAAUAAAUAUUUAUUUUUA